UUUUUUAACAGUUCACUUGAAACUCGCGUUCAAAAUGAUUAGUCUCCGAAUUUUUUUUUCGUUUGUCAUUAUAUUUGCGAGUCUAUGUGGAUCGCAGACGAAAUCCUUAGAUGGCGAUUUUCCUAAAAAUAUAAUAAAAACACCAGUGAAAGAACAGUGGUUAAAAAUAUUUCCGUUCCUUGAUUACAUUGCUAAGCAGAGCAAGUGCUAUGUUUCUGAAGACCUGCAGAAAACGCAAUCAGCAAUACAAGAGGACAAUCAGGGGAGACUAACCAGAAUAGAAAGUCAGCAAACGGAACUCCAGGAGAAUCUGAAAUUCUUGCUGGAAAGGCUUAAGAAUAGUAUCCCGGAAGAUUUUGGGGAGAGGCUGGUCAGAAUGGAGGAUCGGCAGACAUCUUUACAAGAGAUUCUUAAGAAUAUUCCAAGUGAUAUCGAGGAGAGACUAAGCAGAAUGGAGGAUCGACAAAAGUCUUUGGGGGCACAAUUAGAAGCUCGGCUCGUGGUAGAGCUGCAAGCUAUUAGAAAAACCAUUCCAGAAAACUUUGAGGAGCGGCUAGCUAAGAUGGAAGUCCAGCAGAUAUCAUUGCAGGAUGCUCUAAAGAAAAUUCCAGGGGACUUUGGGGAAAGAAUGGAUCGGUUGGAGGAGCAUGAAAACGAUAUGCAGAAGGACUUACAGACCAGGAUGGACACCCAAAAGGCCGCUCUGGAGGACGCUCUGUCCACUAACUUUACGAGGGUCGUUCGGCCUAAGUUUGAGCAAAUCGGCUCUAGGCUAUUCUACAUCGAAAGCAAAAGGAUAUACAAUUGGAAUGAUGCUGUCAGCACCUGUCGCGAACUGGGUGGCUAUAUAGCCUCCGUUAAGGACAAGGAGGAACUGGACGCAAUCGCAGAAAAACUUGGUAAAAAACGUUACUGGCUGGGCAUAAACGAUCGAGCCAGUAAGGGCAACUACAUAAACGAGGCAUCAGGUAAAAAGAGUGAAGUCUUAAAUUGGCGAAAUGGAGAACCAAACCAUGGACUUGACGGUGAGAAUUGCGUAGAAAUUGUUGGCGGCGUAAUGAACGAUGAGCCGUGUUCCAAUGAGUUGCGUUUAAUUUGCCAAAGUGACAAUGAAGUUUAACUGAAACAAUUGUAUACAAAAAACAAUCGAUUUUUAAACUUUUACAAGCUGAAUAAAUAAAAUUUGUAUGAAAUUUAAAUCUUUAAAAUAAAGUAAAAUAAAUAAAUAAAUAUUA